GAGGUACGUACCUUCCCUAUCAUAAUGUGCCCCGCCGCUGCGUCGCGAUACCCCCUUCUGCCCCUCUGCUUCGAAAACCACCCCACCAAAAUUUAGUCACUCCUUUAAACUACACGGAAAGGAGCAUUUCGACAUCAAUCUUACCCCGAAGCUGUCUUCAAGUCCUCAAUCAUGCUUGACGUUUUAGAUUUCAUCACCGAGCGGGGUGGCAACCCCGAGAAGAUCCGCGAGUCACAGCGCCGCAGAUAUGCCAAUGUCGAAGUUGUUGACGAGGUGAUCGAGAUGUUCGAGGACCAUCGCAGAACCCAAUAUGCCGCGACUCAGAUAAACAGCAAGAUCAACGAAGUGCAAAAGCAGAUCGGUGCUAAGAAAAAGGCUAAAGAAAACGCCGAUGAACUACUCCAACAGAAGGCCGAACUCGAAAAGGAGAAGAAGGCAUUUAUCGACUCGGCAGCUCAGAAAGACAUUGCGCUAAAAGCCAAAAUUAACACCAUUGGCAAUAUCGUCCACGAUUCGGUUCCUAUCAGCGAUAACGAAGACAACAACGCAAUCCAGCGGACGUGGGCCCCUCCAGGAGUCACGGUAGAGAAGAAGAACGUGCUAUCGCACCACGAGGUCCUCUUACGACUGGACGGUUACGACCCUGAUCGCGGAGUCAAGGUCGUGGGCCACAGAGGUUACUUCUUAAGACAAUGGGGUGUAUUCCUCAACCAGGCCCUGAUCAACUAUGGUCUAGAAUACCUCAGCAGCAAGGGGUUCACUCCCCUACAGACACCCCAGUUUAUGCUCAAGGACUACAUGGCGAAGACAGCUCAGCUAGAGCAGUUUGAUGAGGAAUUAUAUAAGGUAGUCGACGGCGAGGCGCAAAACGACAAAUACCUCAUCGCGACCUCGGAACAGCCCAUCUCCGCCUUCCAUGCGGACGAAUGGAUAAUAGCCAAAGAGCUACCUAUCAAGUACGCGGGCUUUAGCACGUGUUACAGAAGAGAAGCCGGCUCCCAUGGUCGUGACGCUUGGGGUAUCUUCCGUGUCCACCAGUUCGAGAAGGUGGAGCAAUUCGUUCUUACGGACCCCGAGAAGUCGUGGGAGAUGUUUGAAGAAAUGUUCGCAAUCUCUGAGGAAUUCUACAAGUCGCUUGGAUUGCCGUACCAGGUCGUAGCUAUCGUCUCAGGGGCGCUGAACAAUGCAGCUGCCAAGAAGUUUGAUUUGGAAGCCUGGUUCCCUUUCCAGGGAGAGUACAAGGAGCUUGUGUCAUGCUCAAACUGCACCGACUACCAGUCGCGUGCCCUAGAAAUACGGUUUGGUACCAAGACGCAGACGGACGCUAAGAAGAAAUACGUCCACUGCCUCAACUCGACACUUUGUGCCACCGAGAGAGCACUAUGCUGUAUUCUUGAGAACUAUCAGACCGAGGAUGGUCUCCGAGUUCCCGAGCCGCUGCGCAAGUACAUUCCGGGCGCUCCUGACUUCAUCCCCUUCACCAAGGAACUGCCCAAGGACACAACUUCUGCAAAAGCCAAGGCCAAGGGAGAGAAAGGUGUCAAGCAAAAGGCGGCUGCUGCGGGAGCCGCAGUCGCGGAAGCUGGUGAGAAGCUGAAGGAUUUGGCGGUAUAAUUGAAUGAAUAUUGACGGGUUCGGAUAUCGAGGAAUGCGUACCAUCUCGUUAGAGGUGAUAGCGGUUGGGCUGCAAUAAAGAUAUUUAGAUGCGUCUCAUGUUAUGGCACUUAACAGCCAUGCGUUUAGGCUAGCGUAGCAGCGCCAGUAUUUUACACGAUAACCGAAUAGAGACGAAUUACCCAUGACAGCCUUGAUGUUUUACAAGAUGAGUUUGUGAGGCAUACAGUGGGAAACUAUGAUAACUAAAAACAGCUCAGGGGUUCAAACCAGAUGUGAUGCUAACGCUUAGUAAUGAGAUGAAUAGGUAAGACGGGUGGUAAAAUGAAUGGUAAGG